AUGGAGUGUGUGAUAACAGUUUCUUAUUCCCUACUUAUCAAUAGAGGCUUAACACCUGCUUUUAAAGCUAAGAAAGGCUUGAGACAAGGAGACCCAAUGGCAGAUGCAACUUCCAUUCAUCUCUUAUUCCAAGCAUUCCAACAUUUCUUUGAUGUAUCUGGGCUUCAUGCCAAUAUGGAAAAAAACAGCUUGUAUAUAGCUGGGGUGACUGAUCUAUUCAAGGCUCAGAUCCUAGAGGAGUUGCACUUGACUACUGGUGAUUUGCCAUUCAAAUACUUAGGAGUCCCAUUGUCUUCUAGGAAAUUAACUAUUAACCAGUGCCUGCCUUUGGUGGAAAGGAUAAUUACAAGAGUCAAAUGUUGGUCUACUAAAUUCUUAUCUUAUAGUGGCAGACUUCAAUUGACAGGGAGUGAUUGUUCUAAAAAGGCCCUUGUAGCUUGGGAUAUGAUAUGGAGACCAAAAUCAGCUGGGGGAUUAAAUGUGCUAGAUUUACUGACUUGGAACAAAGCUGCCAUUAGCAAGUUAUUGUGGGCAUUGGCUAUGAAAAAGGAUAAACUUUGGGACCAACUCAGGAAUAGUAGACCAAGAGCAGGGAUAUUAGGGUUUGUUUUUGCUGCAGCUGUGUACCACACCUGGAUUGAAAGGAACAACAGAAGGUUUCAGAAAUGUGCUAAACCAAGCAGACAGUUGCUGAGAGAGAUUGCUGUACAAAUUCAUAUUGCAGGGUAG